AUGGCUAGUUCAAUAAUCGUAGCAGGUUUAGGCAUGGCGGCAGUUGGCUUCGCCGGGCGUUAUUUAUUGAAACAAAUGCCUAAUGCUUCUAUGAAAUUUGCUGAGGCAGUAAAAAAUUUGCCCAAAUUCGACUCUGAGAGUCUUGCUAACUCAAAGUACUAUAAGGGUGGUUUUGAACCUAAGAUGACGAAAAGGGAAGCUGCUCUCAUUCUGGGUAUCAGUCCCACAGCUAAUAAGGCCAAGAUAAGAGAUGCUCAUAGGCGCGUUAUGUUAUUAAAUCACCCAGAUAAAGGUGGAUCACCAUUAAUUGCUGCAAAAAUUAAUGAGGCAAAAGAUGUACUGGAAAGUGGCAAAACA